AUGACGCUGGAAGAAUUUGAGAGGGAGCUCGCAGAGCAGAAGGAGACGGAGAAGAGGCGCGAGAGGCGCAAGGAACACGAGAAGUCGGGACACCGGCAUCGACACCACCACCACCGAAGUUCUCGACAUGGCGAUUCACAUUAUGAUGAAGAAGACGGACACCGGUCAAAGAGAACAAGGCAUUCCAGGGAAGAUGACGACGAGUCAGAAAGCAGACACAGACACAGACAUCACCAUCACCGCCGGCGCCGAGAAAGUAAAGAGGAGAAUGACACAGAAGAGGCGGCGGAGGAGGAGGGGGAGAAGCAACCUCCCACAGCAAGCUCGGGUUCCGGCGAAUUGAAGCGUGAUGCGUGGAUGGAGGCACCUUCGGCGCUCGAGAUCGAUUAUAUUCAGAAGAAGAGACGUGAACCGUCGCCGAAGCCAACGGGCGGGUCUCUCGAAGCGGACUUUGGGCUGAAAAUACACACGAGAGAGCUCAACCACCACCUACGCGACCUAAAGAACGGUACCCCCGUUAAUGAAGCCGAAGAGGAAUCUCCCACCCACGAAGUCGACUACACCUUUGGAGAUGCUGGCUCCCAGUGGCGCAUGACUAGAUUAAAUGGCGUCUAUCGGCAAGCUGAAGAAACAGGUCGCAAGGUGGACGACGUCGCCCUGGAACAAUACGAUAGUCUUCGAGAAUUUGAUGAUGCUCGGGAAGAAAAGAUCGAGUUGGAUCGCCGGAAGAUUUACGGCAAGGGCUAUGUGAGCAAGGACAAGCCCAGCGGAGAGUUGUUCCAGGAGCGCAAGACGGACGCUGUGACUGGACGAUCUCAACCACAGGAGACCGAGACCAGUCCGGAUGUAUUGCUCGAGCAGAUACCUGUCCCGACACCCACAUCUACUACCCAGAAAGUUGAUCAGACGGCACUCAACAAGCUCAAGGCUCAACUCAUGAGAGCCAAGAUCAGGAAAGACCCCAAAGCUGCAGAUCUGGAGAGGGAGUACAACGACGCGCUUGCUGCGUCCGAAUCACAAGAUCCUACGAUAAUCACCCUCUCUGCCAUGGACAAUCGCAUGCUCUCGUCUGCGCCUCGGAAUGAAGUCAAGGCUGUGCAAAACCGCCGCGGGGCAGAACGGGGUCAGGUCGAGGAGAACGAAGACAUGAGCAUCGAAGAUAUGGUGCGCGAAGAACGCCGCAGCCGCGGGCAGCAAGGAGGAGAAGGAUCACGACUUGCCGAGAGGAUAGCAAAGGAUGCCAAAUUUGACAACGACCUUGACUACCUUGAGGAGAACGCCGAGAAGCUGGCCAAGCGGAUGUACAAGUCCGAAACCAACCUCCGCAAUGUGGCCAUCAACGAGUAUCAGAAGCUCAAUAAGAUCUUGGAGAAUUGUCCGCUCUGCCAUCACGAAGACACGGAGACUCCGCCUAUUGCUCCCGUCGUCUCCCUCGCAACAAGGACCUAUCUCACCUUACCCACUGAACCCGAACUGUCACCCCAGGCUACCAUGAUUGUGCCGACGGAACACCGGACCAACCUCCUCGAGUGCGACGAUGACGAGUGGGAAGAGAUACGUAACUUCAUGAAGUCCCUCACGCGCAUGUACCACGACCAGGGCCGGGACGUCAUCUUUUACGAAAACGCCGCCUUUCCACACCGGAAGCCGCACGCCGCGCUUUGUGUCAUACCGCUCCCUUACAGCUUAGGGGAGACGGCACCCGCGUUCUUCAAGGAGGCCUUUCUGAGCACCGAAGACGAGUGGUCCCAGCACAAGAAGAUCAUCGACACCCUGGCAAAGGCCAAGACCGGAGGAUUGGGCAGAUUGGCGUUUCGACGGAGCCUGGUGAAGGAGAUGCCCUAUUUCCACGUCUGGUUCGAACUGGACGGCGGGAUCGGACAUAUCGUGGAGGACCAAGACCGGUGGCCCCGAGGCGAUUUAUUUGCGCGAGAGAUCAUCGGGGGCAUGCUAGGGUUGGAACCUGACGUGAUCAAGCGGCAAGGACGAUGGCAUCGCGGGACGGAUAAGAGGGUCGAGGGGUUCAGAAAGGCAUGGAGGAAGUUCGACUGGACCAGGGUGCUCACUGAGGGUGGUGGCUAG